AUGAACCAAUCAAACACGUUUCCAAACAUUCCUGAUCUGGUUCAUGAAAAUUUCUUAAAUCGAACAAUAAGAAAAAACUCAGGUGCAUUGAAGGACAUCUCAAAAUCUGCUCAGUUUUCGUUUCACCAAUACCGAGACGAUAAAGCUCCCCUUGUCUCUAUUCGGAUUCAGAGCGUUGGCAUUGCUUGCUUGGUGAUCCGUGGAAGUCCGUUGUUAUUUGGAACUUGGAUCGAAGUUGAGCUGUUGGGUAUCUGUGGGGUCUCCCCUCGCUUCUCCCUCUCUCCCAUUAAGGGGAGGAGCUUCAAUUUCACAUUGCGUUGUGUGGAAUGUGAAUACAUUGGAAACCCACCAUCAAUUUUGGGAUUAGAGGGAUUCUAG